CUGUGUUCUCUCCAUGGCAAACUCGUCCUUCCUUCUCCACUACUACAAUAACCGGAGACUCUCGGCCUCGUCUCGGUCCUUCUUCUUUAUACCCACAACUUUGGCUCUCUUAACCUCUCUCUUCAUUCUCUUGUACAUUUACACUACUUCUAAUCUCUUCACCUAUCACCACCAACACCAUCGCCAUAUUCACCUAAAGCCUCCACUUGAUUCCUCUUCGAUCGCUCGUUCGACCCAUGGAAGAUCGAUCCCAAUUUCGGUACAAAAUGGGUCUAUCAAUUUAUACACGAAUUCCCAAAAAGGAGCUCCCUUGGUGGAAGAUGGGAGUGAUGGAAAUGUUGGGAGUCAACGAUCUUCAAGGGUUCCGUUUCACUCAACUGGAUCUGGAAAAUGUUGGUUUUUAUGGUUCAGGAGAAUUUUUCAGUUACAACGAGGUGUUCCAUGACAAAGAUAUCUUUCUGGAAGACUAUAAAGAAAUGAAUAGGAGCUUUAAGAUAUAUGUUUAUCCUCACAGGAGAAAUGAUAGCUUUGCAAAUGCACUCUUGCCGGUGGAUUUUGAACCUGGGGGUAAUUAUGCCAGUGAAAGUUACUUCAAAAAAGUCCUUAUGAAAAGUCACUUUAUCACAAAGGAUCCAGAAAGGGCAGAUCUUUUCUUUCUGCCUUUCUCGAUUGCAAGGUUGCGGCAUGACCCAAGAAUUGGAGUAGGAGGCAUCCAAGAUUUUAUAAGAGAUUAUAUCUUCAACAUUAGUCAGAAGUACCCUUACUGGAACCGAACUGGGGGAGCUGAUCAUUUUUAUGUUGCUUGUCAUUCCAUUGGACGGUCAGCCAUGGAGAAAGCAGUCAUAGUGCGAGAUAAUUCCAUUCAAGUUGUCUGCUCUUCAAGCUAUUUCCUCUCUGGGUACAUUACUCAUAAGGAUGCAUCUCUGCCUCAAGUUUGGCCUAGACAAGGAGAUCCUCCGAACUUUGCGUCAUCUAAAAGUUUCAAAAGGAGAAAACGAGGGGAAGACAAUAGUUAAAAACUGCAUCUAAUUGUGGACGUUGAUCUUCGAGAGAAAGGCUAGCAGACUACUUUGAGUGUCAGCUCUGACAGGUGGUCUUCCCUGUGCCGGGAAAUUGAAAACCUGAACUAGAGCAUGUAUAUAGCUACAGACAUACCUCAAGUGCUGGCAU